AUGCUUCAACCUCAGGCAACACGAUCAUCAUCAUCAGGUAUCGUAAGCAAUACUUCACCUCCUUCUUCUUCACCUGUCUGCGCUCUCAUCAUUAGAGAGCAACAACAAGUCAUCGCUAAUAUUAACGAUAUCGAUGGAUCCCUUGUUGCUUCUCAGCCUCUUGGAGGAAUAAAUUUUUCAAAUAUUUCUCCUGGAUCCCGAAGUAAUUUAUCUAAAACAAUAACCGUAGAUAAUAGGAGUGAUGAAGACAUUACGAUCCGGUUAAGUUUUGUUCAUCAACAAAUUUCAUCAUCAUCACUGAACACUGUAAACCAUUCAACUAUUAGCAACAGUAGUACCAAUCCAAGUAAUACCGCCGUAUCAAGCAAUGUACAAACAACUUCGGCAGUCACAUUUCAAACAUUUGAUUCCAGUGAUCAACAAUUUUCUAAUCAAAUGUUCAAUACUUUAUAUAACUUCCAACAAAUCAAAAUCAAAAAAUUUGAAUCAAAUAAUUUUGUCAUUAAUUUUCAUCCGAACAAAUUACCAUCACUCUCUGAUUCUUUCAAAUCUCACGAUCUUAAGUCUUUCAAAGGAAAUAUUGUGUUAGAUGUUAUCUCUCUAAAAUAUAACGACAAGAUUAAAAUACCUUUCGCAGUAGAAUUCAAUCAGAGCAAGCUAAAGCUAGAUGAGAAUGAAAUUGAAUUUGGUACUUCUAUUAUUAACCGCAAAUAUAUCAAAGAAUUCACGAUCACCAAUAUUUCUGAAGAAGAUAUUACGUUUGGUAUUUCUUCAAAAGAUAAUGUCAUCAUUAGAAAUACAUCUCAUCGAUCUAGAAGUUUUUCAAAUCCUUUGAUUAUUUCUGAGGAUAGAGCAAUUGCCGAGUUGACUUUCUCAGAGUAUGAAACUGGAAAGUUAUUAGGAAAGACCGAAAAUGUAAUUAUGGCUCAUUCAUCACUGAGGGUAAACGUUGUUUUCAUUCCCAAAAUCAUUGGCGAAUUGAAUGUCAAUAUAUCGAUAUCAAAUGACAUUGAUGGAGUUCUUUCAACAAUUAAUUUUAAAUCGAUUGCAUACACUACAGAUGCAUCUGAUGCAAUACCAAGUAAGAGUCGAAGUAUUCUUGUGUUGGAUGAAUUUGGAAAACAAGCCAUCUCAAAAAUUGAUUUUGGAGACUUUUUUAAAGGACAGACAGUGUUUAGAGUGAUUACAUUGAGAAAUCAGAGUAACGAGUCGUAUGAUAUUUAUUUGACUACGAGUAGUAGUAGUAGUAGUAGUAGUAGCACUUCUAAUAAUUCAUUGCAAACAUCCUCCUCCACUACAACAUCAAGCAUUGGUGGAAACUCUCCAGUUGGAGGACAAUCCCAAAUAACUCCACAAGAGAAUGCGAAGGAGCAUGAUUUCAUUCACUUUGAAGUUUUUGAUCCAAACAUUCACAAUGCACUUCUCCACAAUGAUGAAAACUCUUCCACUCAACAAAAUUCUGGAGCAUUCACUACUGGUGGCUCUUCGUCCCUGUACAGAGAAAGCAUUGAAGAAAUUACGUUACUACCAAAGAGUGAUCGAAAAGUUCUUGUUUGUGCUCACGUACCUCUUGAUGAGAAUUGUUUAUUCGAUACAUUAAUGUCCAAAAUUAAGACAACCAUAUUAAUUACCACCAAAAGCACAAGCGGUAGUUCCAAUGUCAUGACCACUUCGAGCAGUAGUGCCACCAGCACUAUUAUGAGUGCUAGUGGAAGUAGCAAUGUUGGCAUGGGUGGAAUGAUGACACCCCCUUCGACAAGUAUCACCUCUUUGGUUGGAGUUGGUAGUAGUGGAGUUGGUAGCAACACUGGUUCUACUUCGACUAUUAACCCGAACACCAUACCAACCACCACGAUCAUCACAUCAACAACAACAACAACACCAGAACGACGAGUGUUGGCCACUCUCAAAGCCAUUGCUCAUACCUGUACUUCCAUCAUUGAAGUCUCUCCAACCAAUAUCAAAUUUGGUGAUAGCACUAUUGGAGAUAUCAAAUUCGCCUCAGUCACUGUCUUUAACAAGUCUGAUUUACCUACACGAAUUUCUGUUCAAUUUACUUCCAAAGUGAUUACUUGUAAGACAAAAACAGCUCUUAUUGCUCCUCACAAAUCUAUUAGAAUUAGUUUUAGAUUAUCUCCAAGAAGAGUCAAUCCAAAUUAUAGAAAACAAAUUACAAUUGUGAAUGAAAACAACAAAUUGAAUGAGCAAAUUAUUGAAGUCGAAUCUAACAACGUGGACAGAAACAUGUUGAAUUUUCAUUGCAAAUUUUAUGAUGUUCACACUUCCUCGCAACACAAUUAUGCAAAAUCUAUCAACUUUGGAGUCGUUGCUUUGAAUGGAAUUGCAUUAUCCAAAUUUCAAUUGUCUAACAUUUCAGACGAACCCAUUGUUUUACGUUUGAGAUCAUCCUUAAUGGAGAAUGAACUUGUUCCCUAUAGAAUAUCACGAAAGAAUUCUUCCAUUCAACAACAACAAGACAUGAUAUCAAGUAGUGCCAAUGAGACCGCUUCAGACAAUGACAACAUUCAACAGACAUCACCACCCUCCGAUGUCUAUUCUCCCUAUGAUAGCAGUUCCACAACAACUUCAUAUCAUACGACCACUGGAACAGGAAGUGGAGUGGAUUCUGCCUCUUCACCAGUGUUCAAACAUCACAAGAAGAGAAAAAGAAAACAACAAAUUACCACACAGACCACCCAAACGACCACCACAGCAGCAACCACAGCAACCACAGCAACAAAAACUUCAAAUGUUGUUUCUGCUGCUGCUUCUCCCACAUCUCUUCAACAACAACCAAUCAAACCCACUCCAUUGUUGAAACUCAAAGAGGAAUCUUUUCACAUGAAACGAUCCACUUCAUUGCAUGAAUCAUUCCGAACAGGUAAUCAUGUAACGGCCAGCACACCUACCUUAUUCAACACGGAUUUUGCUGGCGUAGAUGAAAUUAGUACAUUGGUGAGCUUUGACUCUGAUGAUAGUGAUGAAGAUAACAUGGACAACUUUUCAACGAUCAGUGGUCAUUCGGACAUGUUCAUGGGGAACACCGCUCCAAUUUCAAACCCUCAAGAGUUUUGUGAUGAUUUACUCACUCUGUAUGAAAAAAUUCAAGAAAAUCUUUUUGAUCAAACGAACAAUCAACAAGUGGCAGAUGAAGAGUCAAUUAUUAAUGAUGAACUAACAUUCAAAAACAAGUUAUCCUUUGCAAUUGAACAAUAUAUUCUAGUUCCAUGCGAUUUAAUUUCAAUUGAGCCUCGAUCAUCCAUGGAUAUUUUUGUUACUUAUUCACCAAAGAGCACCAAUAGCAAAUUUAUGACCACACCUUCCAAUAUUUCUCCUCUCAGUCUUCACAGUGAUGUUUCAUUUUCAAGCAAUACUUCUAUUAAUGCCAUGAAAAAGAAUUUUGAAAAACUUUUUAUUGAAUUGGUGGAAUAUGAUCGAACAUUGGUUGAUGAAAUUAUUCCAAAAGACUCUCUUCCACCAAGAGAACUUACGGUUCAAUCAAAAGUUUGUCUCUCCAUGAUGGAAAUCGCUCAAAAAAAUAUUAACUUUGGAUCCAUUACCAAUGUUGAAGACCGAAAGAAGACUAUUACCAUCAGUAAUGCAUCUGAAGUUCCAUUACUAUUUCGUGUGAAGAGAUCUGGCUCCAUUGCCUCCAAUGACAUUAAAAUAUUGGACAUGUUGGAGUGUGGUGGUGUUGUUCGUCCAUACGGAAGUAGAGACAUUCAAUUAUAUUUCAAACCUUCUCUUCCAGGAGUAUUCAAUGAGACAUUAACAUUUGAGAAUAUUUUAGACGAAUCUGAAAAGAUUCAUAUUGUUGUAAAGGCUGAUAUUAGAAACUAUGAAAAGUUUACACUCAAAUCCAAUGAUGUCAAUUUUGGAAAUAUUUUAAUUGGUCAACCUAGCAUUUCCAGAAAAAUUGUAGUGACCAAUAUGAGUAAGAAUAGAAGAAUAUUCGAAACUAUGAUCGAGUAUGUGAGCUUUAGUUUUUGUAGAUUUGAAUUUGAAUACGAUUUGGAACCAGUGAGUCAAAGCACAGAAAUUGAAAAAUUAGAAACAGAGCUCGAAAAAUUGGAGCAUAAAUAUAGAAUUUGUGUGAGAAAGAAUAAGACUUCAAAAAUUAAGAAACUCACAGAAAGGAUCAAUGAAAUCAAAAAGGAACUCAAUUUUGAUGAUAAUACACCAGUGGGUCGAGUGGACGAUGAUGUUUUCAUCUCUGAAAGCGAUGAUGAAGGAAAAAAGGAACGAAAAUUCAAGAAGAUUGAAGAGAAUGGUAUUCGAUUUGCAAUUCCAGCCAGAAUGUCUCAGGUCAUUAACUUGAAAAUCAAACCUUAUCUCAUAGGCGCAACUAGUCCCAAUGUUGCUUUUGAAAAUGGUAUUUGUAGAAUGCUUGUCUAUGAGAAUAGAAAUACGGAUGAGCAAAAAAUGGUGACUUUGAGUUCUGUCGUAUACUACGAUAUCAAAUCGUAUACCAUGAUGACAUCAUCCUUAACAAAAGGUUCGCAAGAAUCUUCAACAUUAAUGGUAACUCCAGUCUCACCACUCUUGGGAAAGGGUCACAUGAUCGAUAUGGAAAGACCUCAGUGGUCUGGAGUUAACUUGGCUUCUUUACCGAACAAGGAGUCUACCAAUACGACUGCCAUGACGGUUGGUAGUACUAGUAGUGGUAGUAAUGGUAGUAAUGGUAGUACUACACAACUACCAACAUCCAGAAUUGUGACUCUUCCAACAAAGAUUGAGAAAAUGACACAGUCAUCCAAACCAACCUCAUCCACAAAUUUACUCAAAUCAAUUCAAAUACUUUCUCCUGAAAUUGAUUUGGGUACAAUAUCUGUUGGUGAAAAAGUGAAAUGUAAGAUUUCCAUAACCAAUGAAUCGAAAACAGAAGAAUCAGGUUUUGUCAUAUUGGAAGGCUCCAAACAAUCAUCCGAUUGUGAACUUCAAUUUAGCAAAAGAAAUGGAACUCUACCACCAGGAAAGUAUGAAAAUAUUGAAGUCGUAUGUGAGUGGUUUAGUCCUGGUACACAAACUCGCACUGUGAACAUUCGAGAUUUAAGAACCAAAGUGAUCCACAAAUGUACGAUCAAAGGCAAUGUUAUUGUAGACUCUCCCAUUCACUUUGAGAAUUUGAGUGAUGAUCGAAUUCUCAAUUUUGGUUUUUGUUAUAUCAUGAAUAAUGAGGCAUCAGAAGAGGAUCGAGCAAGCCAUUUAACAACAAGUGAAUCCUCUACCAUUUUGAAUACUUCUCUCCACAAUUAUGCAAAAGUUUCGAGUUUCAAAGUUCAUAAUACCAAAGACUAUGCGCUCACUCUUAAAUUAACCUCCAAUUCCAAGAAACAAAUUUUCAUAUUCAAAGAUGAAUCUCUCAGUAGUAGUGAACCAAUCACUCUGUUGAAAGUUAAUCCUCAUGAAAUUGUACCAAUAUUUGUAGCCUUCAAACCCUAUAUGAAUAUGAAUUUAGCUAAUAAGGGAAAAUGUACUUCAUUUGCAAGUAGUAUUGUAUUGAGUGUUUUGAAUGAGGAAAAACAAAUGUAUUCUCAAGUCAUUCAAAUUCGAGCAUUUAUUGGAAAGAGUAUUCUCAAUGUUGAUACUCAAUUUAUUGAUUUUGGAUGGUCCAGCAAUUUAAAACAAUUCACAGGUAGUUUCACAAUUUCCAAUGGCAAUCAAUAUCUACCACUCGAAUAUGAAAUUAUUUCAUCCUCUCCCAAUGAAUUGUAUGUGUGUCAUGAAAAUUUAUUGAAAGGAGUAUUGAGUGGAAACAAAACUCAAGAGGUUCAAUCUCCCACACAAAGUCCUUCGAAAACUUGUACUCAUCCACAUACCCUUACGAUACCAUUCAUCUUUCAACCAUCCUCCAGUGGUCUCCAUGAUAAUUACUUUACAAUAGUGAACAAAUCUGCAUGUUACCAUCAUGCGGAAUCUACAGCAACAGCAACAACAACAACAACAACAACCAUAGCAGGUCAUCAUCAUGCGGAAUCAACAACCAUAGCAGUUCGUGCAUUUGUCGAUGAUCGAAAGUCUCUUCGUAAUAAUCUUGUUGCAGACAGCUCUGGAGUGGAUGCUUUGAUAUUCAACACAGUUUAUGUGGUGAAGGAACGUUUACCAGUGAUACAGGAAGAACCACAUGCUCAACAAGAGAACUCUUCUGCUAGUGCUUCUGAAGUGGAUAACAACCUUGGUGGUGAUCUUACGACAUCUUCUUCAGAUGAACUCUUCAUAUCUGGUGUUCCUCUACCACACGUACAACAAUUAGCAAAACAAUUAAUUGAAGAUUAUGAAUAUGUAGAUGAAUCUGAAAAGGAUUUAAUUGAGGAAAUUCAAAAUUCAAUCAUUUUAGGUAUUCAAGAAUUCCAAAUGUCUAACAUUUCAAAACAAGACAUGUUUCUCAUACCAUACAGUGAUGUGGACAUGAUCGUUUUUGUGAAAAAGAAAAAGAAUAAUACUAGUUUGCGGAGAAGUAAUAAUCAAGGCAUCAACAAUGGUAGUAAUAACUCUCUGACUUCUAAAGAUCGUCUUCAAGUCAUGUUGAAUUCUGCCAAUCAUUCAUUCAAUCAAUAUUCCAAGAGAGGAAAACCAUUCAUUUUACCAGCUGGAGAACAAUUAACAUUGGUGACCAUGUUGACUGGUCUUCCAUUGAACAUGUCCAUUCUCGAUAUUGAAACUCUUUUAAAGAAAUCAAAUGUAAAUGUUCAACGAUCUCUCAUUUUGGCAGAUGAUAAGGAACAUGUAUUGAAAUUGAUCAAUGUUCAUAUUCAAUUGGGAAUAUCAGAUGUUACACUUCGCUCCAACUCUAUUAAUUUGGGGAAAGUAGGAUAUGUCGACCAGUGGAAUCCUCGAAAAUUCCAAAUCGUGUUGAAUAAUCACUCGGAGGUUAUUGCAAAAGUGAGACUCGUGUCGAAACCCAAUGAAAUUGAAUUUCUCUCCAACGUUUUCUCCAAUGAUCUCAGAAAUGAGAACAAUCCUACUACUAGUGCUAGUAAUAAUAAUCAUGCGAAUAAUAGUAAUAAUAACCAUGCGAAUAACAAUAACAUUGGCUAUAACAUGACUGGAUCAUCAGGCGAUCAGAAAGUGAACAAGAUGGAAUGGACCAUUCCUCCAAAGGGUCAAAAGACAAUUUUAGCCACCCUCAAAACCAAUGAGUAUAUGGAUAAGAAACCACUCGAUCCAGAUGGACUCAUUUCACUUCCUGUCGUCUUUGAAAAUUUAUUCAAUCCAUCCAAUGUAUUGACUGCUCAAAUUACUGCAAAUAUCACUCAAAGAGUUUGGGAAAUAUUUGGAUUACAAUCCAACAAUACGAUCAAAAUGCCAUUAUUGCAAUGUCCUGAAAUUAUGAAAACAAAUAGUAACACGAGUUCUGUGAGUGAUUUAACAUUGACCAUCACCAACAAUAGUCCUUCUAAAAUUGAUUCUAAAUUUAGAGUCGUGUACAACAAUCCAAGUAUUUAUCACUUUUUGAAAAUUGAUUUACUUGAUUUCUCAACAAGCAUACCAAUUAAGGAAUACAAAUUUGAAAAGAAGUCUACUCUUUAUAUUAGAAUUAGGUGUCGAGCGAAACAAAAUGCAACCAUUCCACAUGAACUCUAUUCAUUAAUCAACACUCCAGAUGAUUUGAAUAUUCAUCCAAACGAUUUGAAAUAUAUGAACAUUGGAAAGUUAAUAUUUGAAUCUUCCAAUCAACCAAAAGAAUCUUUUGAUAUUUAUGGAGCAAUUAUUCAAUAUCCAACCUUUUCACUUUCUGUAGACAAGUUAGAUUUUAAAUUACCAUCCAAUUAUUAUUUCAAUGUUGGUUCAUUAUUGAGUGAUGAGUCCAAAGAUGUAUCAACAUGUUGGAACAUGCAAGAUGACUCUUCUCCUCCUAUCCACAAUGCACAAAGCAACAUCUCUGAAGGAAUAAUCGAAUCAUCCAAAGAUCAUCAUGGUUCAGAAAGAAAACGAGGUCAUACUAGUACUACUGGUAGUAGUAAUACGUUCACACUUCCCAAAGUUCUCCAAGAAUCUUUUACUAUCAAAAAUAUCAAAAAAUAUGAAGCACUCUAUUUCAAAAUUAAAAAGAGUUGGACCAAUGAAGAAGAACUGGAAGGUGUGAAUAUUACCGUCUUUCCUGAAAAGGGUCUCCUUGAACCAGCUCUCUCUACAGUAAUUAGUGUAUUUAUUGAUUAUUCAUCCAUUUCAAAUAUUGAGAAAGUCUUUGAAAAACUUUCCAUGAUUGGAAAGUCGUAUCAUUUAGUGGUAUCGGAUGAAUAUGCUCCAUUGACCACACAAAAUUUAUCAUUGAAUGUUAAAGCAAUGGAUUAUUACAAGAUGUAUGGAACUUCUACAGAUUCCGAAAAAGUUGUGAGUGAUGCUCAUGGAAUGGAUCCACGUGGUGUAACUACUACGAGUCAUACCUCCACCACGACGGAUAUUACUGCAAUGUUGUUGGGUAAUAUCAUUACUAGUAGUAGUAGUAAUAGUAGUAAUAGUAGUAGUAAUAGAAGUAAUAAUAGUAGUAACAUUGGUCAUACGACUGUUCAUUCGACUAGUAGUAGUAGUAGCAAACAACAACAACCAUCCAAAUCAUUGAAUGUACCCAUAUUGAUAUUGAAGGGAUGUCGACAACUCUCAUCAUCUGGAAGCAACACAACUUCAAACAGAUAUGAAAUUGAAUUCAAACAUAAGAGAACACUCACAAAAAAGACCAUUGAAAGUAAGAUUACAUUGGAAAAUCCAUCACCUCAAGAUGUUUCCUACAAAAUUUAUACCAUUUCAGGUAAAAUUAAUUCGAGUACAAGUCCAUUUACCAUUAGUCGUACAGGUGGAACAAUCGAUGCCUUCGACUCUCAUCAAAUUACAUUUACAUUCAAUACUGAUUCUAUUGAAAGCUUCUCUGAUUAUAUAAUGAUUGAAAAUUGUGAAAAUCCACUUGAUUUAAAGACAUUGAGAGCAUCUCUUGAAAUUUUAAGCGAAAUUGAAGAUCCUGAAAAAUUAUUUGAUAUUCGAAUUGAUGGAAUUAAGAGUAUCAAUACUACUAGUGAUCUCAUGGAUGAUAGUAAUAAUAAUAGUAAUAAUGAAUUACCACUCAAAAUGGAUUUAGGAACAGCAUUUAUUGAUACAGUUAUUAGACAUCGAUUCAUUGAUGUUGUGAAUUUGAGUAAUGAUACUCCACUUGAAUUCUUUUUCACAUCGAAUCACAAUCCAGAAACUACUGAACUUCACUUUUCACUUUCAUUAACUUCAUUGAAACCAUUCUAUAGUUUACGAGUGGAACCAAAAUCAAAAACAAGAGUUUAUUUAAUUUAUAAGGUUCAUAAGGAAAUAAUCAAUGAUAGUGUAUCAUCAACUCCUCCAACAAUGAUCAGUAGUAGUCAUGAUUCAAACACUGCAAUGACGACCAAUACAAACUUGAUGAUUGAAUCUCGAUCUCCUUCAACACCACCUCAGUCCAUCAUGAUGGAUCAGAGUCUCAUGACAACUUGUCCUUCAUUCCACUCUAUGGAUGACUCUCAUACAACAUUUAUGGAUGAAUUUGAUAUUCUUGUCAAAUGUAAAUUAGUGAAAGAUUAUCAAAGAAUGAUCAAAGUGACAGCAACAUGUGUGAGACCACAAAUGUACUUGACAAGACAAGAAGUAACGUUUGUUUGCAAUGAACAACAUUCAAUGACCAUGAUGGAUGUUAAUUACAAUCCAAUUGAUCGAUAUCCAAUUACACUCAAAAAUUUACUCUCUGUUCCUUUACUUUAUAUCAUUAGAGAUGAUUUUUGUAAAUUAUUCAAGAUACAUGUGGUCGAUAAUAAUAGUUCACAAGUGGUAUCAUUUGUUCAUAGUAGUAGCAACUUGAGUAGUAACGAAACUCUACCACCAUUCUUCUUACCCAUGACGAGUAGUAGUAGUAGUAGCACUACGAAUACGACAUUGAAUACAUGCACCACUACCAAUCAUGAUCUUGCAACACAACAAACCAUGGAUGUAUUGAAUCAUAGAAUUUACUCCAUUCCUCCAGAGAAUACUCACACCAUUGUGAUUGAACCGAUUGUUUCAAAACUUUCUAAAAUGGAUGCUAAAUAUUUAGAGGAACAUUUAUUUAUUUAUAAUUAUGAAAAUAUUCGUGAAAAGAAAUUAAUAACCAUCAAAUUCUCUCGAGGAUCAUCCAUAACUCAAUUUUAUUCAACACCAGGAUCCAAAUCAUCACCUGUAUACAAUGCCUUGGAAGAAUCUAUUGUCAAUGUGAUUACUCAAUUUAGAAAAUAUUCAGAAUAUUAUUUGUCAAUGAAAAAUUUAAGUGAAUAUGAAAUGGACAACAGAAACAACAGCAGUGGAAGUGGUGGUUCUACGACAUCAAGAUCAAAACGAAUUACUUUGGAUGUUAUUGAAGAUAUUCUUAGACAAAAAGAAUUCACUUCUCUCUACUAUGAUAUUCGAUUCUUAACGGAUGAAUUGGUAUUUUGGGGACUAAAAGGAAAUGUUGUUGGAAAGGUGAUAUUUGAUUUAGCGAACUUGUUGUACAUUUCUUUAUUCAAAUAUGGGUCAUUAUUCGCACAGAGAGACAAAACUUUGAGAUUAUCUGAGAGCAAUCAAUCACACAAGAGUAGUUAUCAUUCGUUCAAGCAGUGGAUUGGCCAAUUGUCCUACUAUCUUUCCUAUUUUCAUGGAGAAGAGGCUUUUGAAUUGAGACAGCUAUUGGAAGAUUUACUAUCGAUUCCAAGUGAAUAA